AAUAAUAAAAUAAUUUAUUCAUCAACUUCAUAUGAUACAUAUACAUAUACAUAUAAAUAAAUAAAUGUACAAAAUUAUGUACAUAUAAAUAAGAGAUGCACUUCCCAUUUGCUACCUCACUGAUAUUCUCUGAGAGAGCAAACAUGCAUCUAAACCUUGUACUUUGCUUCUCAUCCUUGCUUCUAUGUAUCGGAUGUACAACCACCAAAGCAGCACGUACAAGUUUUAGCAGCACACAUGACCGGAGGACCCUUUUGGACAACGGGCUUGGCCGUACACCGCAGAUGGGGUGGAAUAGUUGGAACCACUUUGCUUGUAAUAUCGAAGAAAAAUUAAUCAGGGAAACUGCGGAUGCUAUGGUAUCAACUGGACUUGCUGCUGCUGGGUACCAAUAUGUUAAUAUAGAUGAUUGUUGGGCAGAACUAAAUAGAGAUUCACAGGGGAAUUUUGUCCCGAAAGCAGAUACAUUUCCUUCUGGAAUCAAAGCAUUAGCCGAUUACGUUCAUAACAAAGGACUGAAGCUUGGAAUUUACUCUGAUGCAGGAACUCAAACAUGUAGUCUGAAAAUGCCCGGAUCAUUAGGCCACGAAGAGCAGGACGCCAAAACCUUCGCGUCAUGGGGAAUCGAUUACUUGAAAUAUGAUAAUUGCAACGAUCAGGGUAGAAGCCCUAAGGAAAGGUAUCCAAUAAUGACAAAAGCAUUGCAGAAGGCAGGAAGGCCCAUUUUCUUUUCUUUAUGUGAAUGGGGCCGAGAUGAUCCUGCAACUUGGGCAAAUGAAGUUGGCAAUAGCUGGAGAACCACAGGAGAUAUUUCUGAUAAUUGGGAUAGCAUGACUUCACGGGCUGAUGAAAAUGAUAAAUGGGCGGCCUAUGCGAAACCUGGUGGAUGGAACGAUCCCGAUAUGUUAGAAGUUGGGAAUGGAGGCAUGACCACAGAAGAAUACCGUUCGCAUUUUAGCAUUUGGGCGUUAGCAAAGGCGCCUUUAUUGGUCGGUUGCGAUGUGCGAUCAAUGAGCAAAGAAACACACGACAUACUCAGUAAUAGAGAAGUUAUAGCAGUGAAUCAAGAUAGCCUUGGAGUCCAAGGAAAGAAGGUUAAGAAAAAUGGUGAUUUGGAGGUCUGGGCUGGCCCACUUGCACAUAACAAAGUUGCUGUGAUUCUGUGGAACAGAGGAAGCUCAAGAGCCCAAAUUACAGCAUAUUGGUCCGACAUAGGACUAAACUCGACCACAGUCGUUAAUGCUCGUGACUUGUGGGCGUACAAGACUCAAAGAUCAGUGAAGGGACAGAUCUCGGCAACUGUAGAAUCUCACGCUUGUAAAAUGUACGUUCUUACCCCACGAUAAGGAGUUUAGAGUACAUGACCAGUUAACUGCAGAUUGUGUUAUGUGUUAUGAUACGUUUGUCGUAAGAAUAAGAUUUGCGAAGGCAAAGCCAAAAUAAAGCUAAUAAACAGAGAUGUGUUCUCUUUUUGAGUUUUUUUAAUGAUGUUUUUGAUGCGUU